CAUACACGUGCGUUAGAAAGGGGCCUCGCGGGCCUCCGUAGGAAACGUCAGGUUUGUUGACUUUUUUCCCCCCAGCCAGCUGACCUAGCAACGCAGCGGCCACAAUGACAGCAUUAACUUCCCCAGUAGUCAGUGACAUCACCUUGUUUUUGUCAAAUUUUAAAGUAAAAGAACCUCUUGACUCGUUAUUUAUUUGACUGACUCUAUAGGGCUUGCCAGUUAGCUUUAGCCUGUUAGCUUCUGCUUUGACGCCUAACCGGAAGCAGAUCAAAACAAACAAACAUGGAGGGCGUUCUGUACAAGUGGACCAACUACAUGACAGGCUGGCAGCCGCGCUGGUUCGUCCUGGACGAUGGCGUGCUCUCCUACUACGACAGCGAGGACGACGUCGGCAAAGGCAGCAAAGGAUCCAUCAAGAUGGCCGUGUGCGAAAUCAAAGUCCACCCGACGGACGCCGCCCGUCUGGAGCUGAUCAUUCCCGGCGAGCAGCACUUUUACCUGCGAGCGGUGAACGCGGCGGAGAGGCAGCGGUGGCUGCUGGCGCUGGGCUCAUCCAAAGCGGGGACGCCGGACGCUCACAGACACGGAGGUCCUGACUGUCUGAGGACCAAGAUGUCCGAGCUGCGUCUCUUCUGUGACCUCCUGGUCCAGCAGGUCCAAACCAUCCAGUCCCAGUCCACCACAGACCCUGAGGUCACAUCUGAGGCGUCCCUCCUCAGUGCCACCUGUGCCACCUUCAUCAGGACGCUGGAGGAGUGCAUCACCUUGGCGCGACACAGCGUGCCACCUGACCUGCAACCUCCUGAAAGGGUCCGCCUCUCUCGCUGCAACAGGUCCUUCAUUUCAGUACAAGGACUGUUGACUGUUGGAAUGUCUUCUAUCCAGAUGAGAAGGUCCGUCAGUCACCCGGGAAUGUCCACUGUGGACAGGUGGGGGGUCACCAAAGACGGCUCGAAAUCGAAGCAGCGGCGGCACCGGGCGAGCUCGGAUAGUUCCAUUUACAACGCCGAGCCAACGUAUAAAGGUUUGCUUCCGAGGCUCAGCAGCGACUCGUCCGCCAUCCCAGAGGAGCGAGGGAACGGCGUGAGUCUGAAGACCACGUCCACUGACACGGACACUGAGCUCUUCUUCUGAGAAAUGUAACUUUUGUGGAGUGAGAGGUUUGUCAAACGAGCACCUUUUAGACUUUUUUAUUAUUAACCUUGAAGACGCCUGCUGAGCCCCCCCCUUGCCCUUCCCUCACCAUGUAAACAAGUGCCGAACAUUUUGUAGUGAUGACUGUGAAUAUGCAGAAAACACGGCAGUUUGGGGGAACCAUGUGAAGUGUCCACCUUUUGGCUCCGCCCACACGGGAAGUGUAACCUCUUCUCUCUAGUCAGUGUUGGCGGAUGGACGUUUUUUUUGUGUUUUUUCUUGUGCAACUGUGACUAAAAGCAUCUUGGAGUGGGACUCAUAGAAGGUCUUUUUUUUAUUUUUAAACCUCAGCUUUAAAAGUCGCUUGCUUGUGGUGAAUUUUUAAAAGCACUUUUUUGGUGAUGAUGCUGCAUCUGUCGCCAUGGUUACCGACCCUCGUUCACCCUAACAGUGUUAAGCACUUUAAAGCACUUAAAAAUCAGUUCGGAACAAUGAAAUUAAUAACAUAAAGUUUAUUAUUAUUAUUAGAUCUUUGGCUGUUUUGUUUUUCCUGAACUUCUAAGGAAAAUCAACGGGAGUUCGAAAUGUUUGUCAUCACCAAAUUAAAAGAAAAUCUUACUAA